CAGGAAUUGAUUCUGCCAUUUAAUACGAAAAAUGGAGUUGUUCGAGGACCCAUUACUUUGGACGAGCGUUCUCGUCGUGUACCGCGAGUGUCUCGUAAAGCGCAGUGGAGAACAACUCCCGCAUGUGGCUCAACGAAUCGACGGCUUCUUGGAUCGCACCUGCUCGUGGACUUUAUCGGACGUGUACGAGUGCACAUACAGUUUGCAUUGCAUGCGACUGCUGGAAGAUCAUCGACGUCCAAUCGAAUCGCUGUAUCGCGACUGGGAAUUUAAUGGCGUCGUGGUGCAAGCUGCCCAGCGUGGAGACUUGACGUCUUUAAUCUGGCUUGCAGAAACCUACAUGCCCCAUGGGACGUUGUCUUCCGCGGCGAGCGCUGCUGCUGCGAGUGGACAAUUGCAGGUUUUGAAGUGGCUACUUGAAGAGCACCAGAGCAGAGUUCAUUGGGGAGGCAUGGAGUGGUGUGAAGCCAUCCACGAAGAGCAGAGCGCCGUGAUCGAGUGGCUGCGACAGCAUUCAAAUCCCAGACGAAGACGCAGUUUGUAGACUGAUACAUGACGCUGCCGAUAAGGGAGACCUAGAACUUGGUGAAGUGGCUGCUAUCGCUACACGGAGCUGCAUAAGUGCUGCGCUA